UGUUCCUUUCGUUGCUGGUGACGCAACAGGCGUGACGGAGGCCGGAGACCACAUAGACGGGAAGGUUGAACGUCGGACUCGCUGCAGUUAAACAGUCAGGAUAUGUCUGUAAAGAUGGAAAUGGAAAUCAGUGGAAUGUCAAGGGCACAUGUCUCCAUUCUACCUGCAGCUGACAUCAAAGCCACAUUGAAAGCAGAAGCAGAAAGACCUCGCUGUGCCAGCACCCCCUGUUCACCCAUCAGAGGUACUGUUGCAGGAUACCAGAUUCUCCACAUGGACUCAAACUAUCUGGUAGGCUUCACUACUGGUGAGGAGCUGCUCAAACUGGCCCACAAAUGGUCAGAAAGCACUCCAGAGAAGAGUUUGUUAUCAGAGGCUGUGCCUAGCUCCAUCCAGACCACUGUCCCAAAGUCUGUGGACUUGGGCAUCCACCGGUCUUCACGGAUCUCCAAAGCCAAAAGUCGCUACUACCAACCAUACGACAUUCCUUCUGCCAACGGGCGGAGACGGAGGCGUAUGCCCAGCUCGAGUGACACCUUCCUCAGGUCCCUGGCCCAUGGGGAGCCUGGGAGGGGUCUGCAUGCUCCACUACCCCUCUGUCUACUUAAAGGGAAGAGGACCCAGUCCAAGUCUCUGGACUACCUUAAUCUGGACAAAAUAAGUAUCAAAGAGUCAUCAGACACUGAGGUGUUACAGUACCAACUGCAGCACCUCACCCUGCGAGGGGAGCGCAUGUUCACCAGAAACAAGACAUAAAAGUAAAGAAGAUGGCAUUAUUCAGGCCUCUUUCACCCUCUUGGGGAUGUGGGUGCUAUUUCUAGCUCUGUUUCUUUGUACUCAGAUUAUAAGCAGUUCUAUAACAAGACAGUCUGAUAAUCUUGUUACAUCAUUAACGGGGGUUAUACCCUUCACUGUACACAUAAUGUUGAAGAAAAUUCUUAAAUUAGUCCUUACACUGUAAUGAGGUUGUUGAGGUAAAAAAAAUUGAAUUAUAUAAACUUAGCAAUAACUGGCAAAGCUAUUUAUUGACAGUGUUGUGUGUUUGUACUGGUCAGAGAUGCACUGAUGUAUCAGCUUACAGUUGAUACAAGCACAUAUCACAUACUGUCGGCUUUCAAAUGCAACAUUGCUAUUAGUCCAGUUUUACUGCCUUCUAUGAGGAGUUGUGUUAGUGGGUAUUUUGUGAUUUUUUUUUUCACAGUAUAGCACUGCAUUCAUAUUAGCAAGAUCAUUUUAUUAGGUUGAUUAUUUUUUUAUUUAUUGCUAUUUUAUUGUUGUAAAUCAACAUGGAUACAUUUUAAACCACCUAUUUACCAUAAGAUGGGCACAUGUAAAAGAUUUUUGUGACACUCCAUUCAAAAUCAGUAAAGAUUUUUAUCUGUGAUAAAUUUAAUAAAGUCUAUUUUAAUGAUACAUGCCAUAUAUACACUAAAGAGGAAGUAUUGGUCACUGUAAUCAUUCUCUCUGCCCAUAUUCCUUCUGUUUUUUAAAUAUAAGUAAGUAUUUUGUCUUUACUCAAUAGCUAGCAGUGGAGGGGUAUCAGAAAGAGGAGGAGGGAUGACAUGCAACAGACCUGGACGGACUUGAACCACAUACUUUGCGAUUACAUGGUCAGUGCCUUAGACCAUUAGUCACAAAGAUGUCCCCAAAUGGCCCCUUCCUAAUAUGACUACCCUGGAAAAAAAGGUGGGGGAGAGAGUUUUUCCAAUUGUCUAACUCAGACUUCUCAUUUUAGCUUCAGCUGAAUUAUAGAAUGUAUUUUUACACAGAAAGAGCAGUGUGGAUUUUUUCCUCCAUCUCAUACAGUUAGUCACACUAGGGGGAUCAUUUCAUAGCCAGUAUGGACAGGAUGAAUGAUUACAGCAAUCAGUGACGCAAAGUUCAUAUGGAAUAUGUGCAUUGUUUUAAACUAGAAUUGAAAAAAAAUACUAGUAUCAAACAGUCACCCCCAUAAGAUUUUUUCAUCUGUUUAUUGCUGUCAAAUAUGUUUGGGAAUAUAUUGGCUUUUGAAAAUCAUAUUGGUGCAUCUCUAGUUUUGUACAUUGGUUAUAGGGGCACAACAGUAUGUAGAUGUGUGUCUUUUGUAUGAGUGUGUAUGUUCCCCUUACAGCUGGAAAUGGAUGUGUUCAAAUCCCUCUACUGCAGAAAAUGUUUGUUUUCUGCACCUGAUUGCACUGUUGUACAUCUACUACAGAUUAUUUGUGGAAACAUCAGUGCACCUUGAUAUUGUCACCACCAUCAAUAAGGAGUUAACAUAAAACACUGAAGUACUGUAUAUAAGCAAGCCAUGGGAACACUUAGAUCUGUGAAAAAAAUUGUACACCCCUUUAGUUUUUGCUCACUUUGUUCUGCUUUGAAAGGAAAUUUUGAUUUCUUUGUUUCAGAACUUCUGUGUUUUCUAUCACUCUAAAGGAGUAGAGAAUUCCAUUUAUUUUAUGAAUGUGGAACAUUUGGAGCCUCUGUAUCAAAUGGCAUCUUUCCAAUUAUUCUGUUGAAAUAAGUUUUUGUUUGUUAUGAGACAGUCUCAGUAAAACCAGUGCUAACUAGAGUUACUUCAGCCUGAUCAUCUGAGUAUUCCUGGGUCAGAUCCAAAGGGGGCAUUGAUGUCUGCCACAGCACAUCUGGAAGUCACCAGUCAGAAAUGUUCAAAUCCAACACAUAGGGGCUUAAAAUAUAUAAUACAAAUAUUUAUACAUUUUCAGAUAGGACCAUUGUCUCUCCAUUUUUUUUAUUUAAAAUGUAUACACCUUUUGAAAUUUUGGAUUUGGUCUGAAAAACUUGAACCAUUUGAAUCAAUGUGAAAAACAUGAACGUGAGAUGUAAUGAUUUUCAAUACUGAAGUGAAUAUCAUAAUGUAGCAAUGUUCCAUCGUAGAAUGCAGCCUACUUGCAAUUUGAAUGUGGACCUUGUGACAGCUGUCCUUUUUAUGCUGUUGUGUUGAAAAUUGCUGUAAAGACUACUGCUACUGAUGAUGUAAAGUUUCAACUGUUGCUGGACUUGGAAUAUUUAAGCAUUCUACAUAUUAGAGCUUUAUUGUAUAACACCAAUUUUAACAACUAUUUGAAAAAAUCAUUAAAAUAAUUCAUUUUUCAGACAUUUUGAAACUUUGAUUCAAAACUCAAAGGGUGUGCAAACUGUUUCACUGUAUGCUGUAUGUGAAGUCACCUCUUCUUCUAUUGUUUUCUUAAGCCAAACAGAAAAUGUACACUUGAUGUUAACCAAUGACUGUUACAGUACAAGAUUAAAGCUUAUUUCAAACAUU